ACUGCUUAUUUCAUCUCAAACACAAGCAACCAAUUCAUCUUCACUAUGGCUAAUCCUUCUCUACUCUCUCUUUCUGUUUGCCUUUUAAUUCUCUUGCAUGGUUGCCUAGCUUCUCGCAAGCAAUGCCAACAGCAAAAUCAGUGCCAAAUUGAUUGGCUGGAUGCCCUUGAACCCGAUAACCGAGUUGAGUAUGAAGCGGGUAUGGUGGAAACCUGGGAUCCUAACCAUGAGCAAUUCCAAUGCGCUGGUGUUGCCAUGGUUAGGCAUACCAUCCAACCAAAUGGCCUUCUCUUGCCUCAGUUUUCUAAUUCUCCUCAACUUAUUUACGUUGUCCAAGGUGAGGGUAUGACAGGAAUAUUAUAUCCAGGAUGUCCUGAAACUUACCAGGCACCCCAACAGGGACAAAGUGGUAGGUUCCAGGAUAAGCACCAAAAGAUUCUCCGCUUCCGUCGAGGUGAUAUCAUCGCAUUGCCCGCAGGAGUAGCACACUGGUGCUACAACGAGGGCAAUUCGCCGGUCGUCACUGUUACCCUUCUCGACCUCUCAAACAGUGAAAAUCAGCUUGAUAUGAAGCCAAGAAAAUUCCAUCUGGCUGGUAACCCGCAAGAUGAGUUCCAGCAGCAGCAGCAACAAAAACAAUCUCGCGGACGUAAGAGCUCUUGCAACAACGUCUUUUGUGGCUUCGAUACAGAGAUCUUGGCUGAGGCUUUGCAAGUGGACCAACGUCUGGCAAAGCAGCUAAAAAAGGAGGACAACAGGGGUGGCAUUAUUAACGUGAAGGGUGACGAACUUCGGGUGAUCAGCCCACCAAUGAGGCAGGGCGAGCGUGGAGACGACAGUGAAGAGGAAAGUGAUUAUGAAAAACAGCGACGGGGACAAUGCGACAAUGGGAUUGAAGAGACCAUUUGCACCAUGAGAAUGAAAGAGAACAUCAAUGAUCCUGCUCGAGCUGACAUUUAUACCCCAGAAGUGGGUCGUAUUACCACACUCAACAGCCUCAACCUCCCAAUCCUCAAAUGGCUCCAACUCAGUGCUGAAAGGGGUGUGCUACAUAACAAUGCUCUUAUGGUGCCAUACUGGAACCUCAACGCGCACAGUAUAGUGUACGGGUGCAAGGGCGAAGCCCAGGUCCAAGUAGUGGACAACAUGGGCAACACGGUGUUCGACGGCGUAGUCCGCGAGGGACAGAUCUUGGUGGUGCCACAAAACUAUGCAGUAGCGAAACGUACAAGAGAGCAAAGAUUCGAAUGGGUUUCAUUUAAGACAAAUGAUCGGGCGAUGAUGAGCCCUCUCGCUGGACCUACCUCAGUGAUUCGUGCCACGCCAGAUGAGGUGUUAGCCAAUGCGCUCCAGAUCUCAAGAGAAGAUGCUAGGAAGAUCAAGUACAACAAUCAGCAGAUAACUUUGACACGUGCACAAUCAAGCCGCCGACCGAGGGCUGAUGCUUAAAUUUUAAGUGAUUUGAGCUGAGCUUGUGUUUUAAAGCGGAAUGCAUGUGAUCUACGUACUGUGUUUUUUUUUUUUUUUGUUUAGGUAAUGAGUAAUAAAGGAGAGCUUAGAUUUUCUCUGCUACGAGAGAAGACAUGAGUGCGGAGAGCCUGUACGUAGUUAAGUUAAUAACAAGUACUACUAUGUGUCCGACCUUCAAUCAGCUCUGCUUAAUAAACACCUACUUUUCCUACUUA